AUGACCUCUUCAGACUACUCCGUUUCCCUGUCUCCCCAUGCCCUUGCUGCCGAAAACAGCGGCUUCGAUCCGAUGAUCGGACGCAAGCUGGUUGCCGGCGUGGAAUCCGGCCUGCUGCCGCAUCUGCAUGUUGUCCUGGCGGAACGGAGUGGCGAAACCAUUCUUGAAAGUUACAGCAAGGGACUGGACGAAAGCUGGGGGCAGCCGUUGGGUGAAGUCACGUUCGACGCCGGAACGCUGCAUGACCUUCGUUCGGUCACCAAGAGCGUUGUCAGUCUCCUUUACGGUAUCGCCCUGGAACGGGGGAUGGUCCCGACGCUCGAUACGCCAAUUCUGUCGGUUUUCGACGACUACAAGGAUCUUUCGUCCGAUCCGGCGCGGAUGAAGCUUACGGUCGAACAUGCUCUGACGAUGAGUCUCGGACUGGAAUGGGAUGAAUCGCGACCUUACACGGAUCCUGAAAACAGUGAGAUCGCGAUGGAACUCGCUCCGGAUCGCUACCGGUUUAUCCUGGAGCGGACGAUCGUUGAAGAGCCGGGAACAAAAUGGACCUAUAGCGGUGGUGCAACGGCGCUCAUUGGAGGGAUACUCGAGCGCGGUACCGGCAAAAGCCUGCCAGAGUUUGCAAGCGAGGUUCUGUUUGGCCCGCUUGGCAUUGAGACAUACGAGUGGACAGCCGGCAAAGACGGCACGCAUUCGCCGGCGUCGGGUCUGAGGUUGACCGCGCCGGAUCUUUUGAAGAUCGGGCGCCUUGUAUUGAACAACGGUCUGAGGGACGGGAAACGGAUUGUUCCGGAAGCCUGGAUACGGGCCUCCCAGAUGCCUCAUAUUCAGACCCCGGAAAUGCUGAGCUACGGUUAUUUCUGGUUUCUCGGCAAGGCACCGGUCAAGGCACUCGGUGGACCGACCGACUGGGCCGCCGGUUUCGGCAAUGGUGGCCAGCGUCUCUGGAUCUGUCCUAAAGCCGAUGUCGCUGCGGUGAUCUACUCCGGCAACUAUAACAACUGGAAUGCCUGGAUACCGCCGACACGCAUCUGGAUCGAGAUCAUUCUCGCCAAUCUGGAAAAGGCCUGA